AUGACAAUUCUGGUGAUUACAAAAGUGAUAUGCUUGUUUAACGCUGACGAUGGUUCUUCAGUUUCAGUUGAUGUCUAUACGAUUGGGCCAAAUUCAUGGAAAAGCACUCAAGUCCUCCCUUAUGUGAUAUGUACAAUGGAAGAGUCUGGAGUGCUUGUUAAUGGACUUUUUCAUUGGCUAGGUUACAGGACUGAAAAUUUCUCUGCUGCUAUAAUCUCUUUGGAUAUCAGCAGUGAGAAAUUCGAAGCAUUGCAACCACCAAAAGUACCUAUAGAGAAAAAGCAAUGGGAGUUGAGUGUUGGAGUGUUGAAAGACUUCCUUUCUGUACUUUGUUGUGGUGUUAAUGUUGAAGUACGGGUGAUGCAGGAUUAUGGAGUUCAGGAAUCUUGGACCAAACAUUAUACUAUAACCCAUGAGGGAAUUCUGAGAGACUGUACCUGGAGGCUCAUGUGGUCUUUCAGCAGUGGUGAGAUUCUAUUUGGGAUCGGUGAUUGUUAUCUUGCUGAUCUGGUUCUGUAUGACCCAAACGACGGAAGUGCUAGAAAACCAAAUAUGCAUGUAGAGAACCAAAUAUUCGCAUUUCAGGAUGGGAUGAGUACAAUUGUCUUGAAAGCUUAG